ACACACACACACACACACACAAAGCGGUACAGGGUGUACAUUUCCAUGAGUUACGCAAUGCAAUCUGGACUUGGGACCACACAGAAUUUUCUUUAUAGCAGCAGCGAGAGGAGCUUCAUGCUAAAGAAACAAGGAAGCCAUGAAUCUUCAAGGAUCUUCUCAUUGUCUCCUUGCCAUACUCAUCAUCACCCUCGCUUCAUCUGCUCUAGCUGGUAAGAUCCUUGUUUUUCCCGUGGAUGGCAGCCACUGGAUAAAUAUGAAACUGCUGAUCGAGGAUCUGCAUCACGGGGGUCAUGAGGUGACCGUGGUGAGGACAACCAGCAGCUGGUACGUCGACAAGGACUCGCCCCACUACAGAUCCAUAACCGUGACACUACCGGAAGCCAUCAACAUUGAGGACCAAGAUUUCUUUGUCUCGUUCCUGAACAAAAUGCUCAAGAUACAGAAAGCAAAAGGAACCCCGUUCGCCCUAAUGCAGUUCUACUGGGAGAUGUUGACGGGGCUCUCCAAACUACAUAAACAGGCAAGUCAGCUGGUGGUGGAGAUGUUUGAGAACCCGGUACUUAUGCAACAGCUUUACGAAGCACGUUACGAUGUAGCUCUUAUUGAUCCGGGCCUACCUGCGGGUGUGCUGGUGGCUCAUAAACUCGGAUUACCCACGGUGUUCAACGUGAGAUGGAUCACCAGCGGAGAAGCGCACUUUUUUGUGGCACCCUCGCCACCUUCAUACGUCCCAGCGGCUGGCAGCUCGCUCCCCAACCACAUGUCCUUCAUCGAGAGGGUCCAGAACAUGCUCUAUUAUGGACUGAACAAAUUCAUAGAUGGAUUCAUCGUAAGCCCGGUUUAUGAAGAAUUAGCAGCACGUUACUUUGACCCCGAAACCAGUUUUCAGGCCCUGCUGCACAGGACAGACAUCUGGCUCAUCCGAUCGGAUUUUGUCUUUGAGUUCCCGCGCCCGACCAUGCCCAACAUCGUGCACAUUGGAGGCUUCCAAUGCAAACCAUCCAAGCCUCUUCCGGCAGACCUAGAGGAGUUUGUGGAAGGGUCGGAAGAACACGGAGUGAUUGUGAUGUCACUAGGGACGCUUGUAAAAGGUCUACCUACUGAAAUAACUUCUGAGAUCGCUGCCGGGUUUGCUCGGCUUCCUCAGCGAGUGAUUUGGAGAUACCUGGGAGAGCGUCCUGAUAAUUUGGGGAACAAUACUUUGCUGGUCAAGUGGUUGCCUCAGAACGACCUGCUGGGUCACCCAAAAACACGGGCAUUUGUGGCUCACGGUGGAACCAACGGGGUUUAUGAAUCUUUAUUUCACGGCGUUCCCGUUGUGGGCCUUCCACUUCUGUUCGAUCAGUUUGAGAAUUUAUUGCGUCUUGAGGUACGAGGGGCAGCUAAAGUUCUUGAUGUCACCAAACUAGACAGCCAGAGUUUUUAUACGGCGGUGCAGGACGUGUUGCAUCGUCCGUCGUACAAGGACAACAUGAAGCGACUGUCUAGGAUACACCUCGACAAGCCUAUGCAUCCUCGAGACAGCGCCAUUUAUUGGAUAGAGUUUGUGAUGCGACACAAAGGGGCGGCACAUUUACGGACAGAGUCUUAUAAGAUGCCGUGGUACUCGUACUACUCCGUUGACGUAGUGGGGUUUUUGCUGCUUGUGGUGAUGGCAGUAGGGGGCGCUGUAAUCUUCACAAUACGCUUUCUGUGCCUCAGACUGUGUAGGACACAAAAAUCAAAACUUGAGUAAUGUAUGGAUCAGUGACAAAUAAACCUGGCUAUGUUUGUA